CAAUAAGUGAAAUGGGUCUUAAUGUUAGUCAGAAAUUGAUUUUUCUUUACAGAGGAAUUCCUUAAUGUGACAGAUAUAUACAGAGAGUUCUGAAUGGAACUUGGAGACAUACUGAGUGUGCUAUGGCAUUAUACACACAUAUAAACAGCAAGGACUGUGAAAGUUAUAUAUAGAGAUGGCUAGUAACACAUGCUGAUGUGGCAGUAUUAUAGGCGGGCCCGGGAGGAGGUAACUAGGAAGAGGAGAAUCCUGUCUGACCCCGACCUUUCCUACCAGCUCCCCCGGGGGCCUCUCUCAAUCCCCGGCCUGUCAUACAGGGUCUCCGGAACGCACCCCUUCGACACCGGCCUCUCGUGCCAGCUAUCCCGGAGCCCGAGCCGUGGAUUCAGCGGUACCCUGGAGGCCUGUCUCGGACCCUGGCCUAGUUACCGAUAAUACCCAGCAAGAUGGACGAGAUGUGGCUGCUCUCUGCAGCCUGUGUGCUAUUCACACUGGGCAUGUUUUCUAGCGGCCUGUAAGUGACUGCGGUAACCCCAACACUUCACCCCCUCACUUUCACUGCCUCUAGAUUACAGCCUGCACCCCCUCACUGCCUCUAGAUUACAGCCUGCACCCCCUCACUGCCUCUAGAUUACAGCCUGCACCCCCCCCCACUUUCACUGCCUCUAGAUUACAGCCUGCACCCCCACUUUCACUGCCUCUAGAUUACAGCCUGCACCCCUACUGCUCUAGAUUACAGCCUGCACCCCCCACACUUUCACUGCAUCUAGAUUACAGCCUGCACCCCCUCGCUGCCUCUAGAUUACAGCCUGCACCCCCUCGCUGCCUCUAGAUUACAGCCUGCAUCCCCUCACUGCCUCUAGAUUACAGCCUGCAUCCCCUCACUGCCUCUAGAUUACAGCCUGCAUCCCCUCGCUGCCUCUAGAUUACAGCCUGCAUCCCCUCGCUGCCUCUAGAUUACAGCCUGCAUCCCCUCGCUGCCUCUAGAUUACAGCCUGCAUCCCCUCACUGCCUCUAGAUUACAGCCUGCAUCCCCUCACUGCCUCUAGAUUACAGCCUGCCCCCCCCCCACUUUCACUGCCUCUAGAUUACAGCCUGCAUCCCCUCGCUGCCUCUAGAUUACAGCCUGCAUCCCCUCGCUGCCUCUAGAUUACAGCCUGCACCCCCACACUGCCUCUAGAUUACAGCCUGCACCCCCUUACUUUCACUGCAUCUAGAUUACAGCCUGCCCCUUCACUGCCUCUAGAUUAUACAGCUGCACCCCCUUACUGCCUCUAGAUUACAGCCUGCACCCCCUCACUGCCUCUAAAUUACAGCCUGCACCCCCUUACUGCCUCUAGAUUACAGCCUGCAUCCCCUCACUGCCUUUAGAUUACAGCCUGCACCCCCUUACUUUCACUGCCUCUAGAUUACAGCCUGCACCCCCACACUGCCUCUAGAUUACAGCCUGCACCCCCUUACUUUCACUGCCUCUAGAUUACAGCCUGCACACCCACACUGCCUCUAGAUUAGCCUGCACCCCCUUACUUUCAAUGCCUCUAGAUUACAGCCUGCACUCCUACAUUACAAACUAUACUAUAGCCUGUACCCCAAUUUCAAACAUGCUCCUCUAUAGUAAUACCUGCACCCCAAAUUCAAACAUGUUCCUCUGUUGUACUUCCUGAUCCCAAAACUUUUCCAGUAUAGUAUUACUUUUUCCCCAACAUUCCAACCUGUUCCUCUAUAGUACUACCUGCUCCCCCACAUUCCAACCUUCUCCUAUAUUGUAAUAUCUGCACAUCCACAUUCCAGCCUGUUCUAAUAUAGUACUACCUGCUCCCCCACAUUCCAAUCUGUUCUAAUACAGCACUACCUCCUUUCCACAUUCCAACCUGUUCCUCUAUAGUAUUAUCUGUACCUCCAUAUGCCAGCCUUCUCCUCUAUAAUACUAUCUGCUACCCCAUAUUCUAAACUGUUCCUCUAUAGUAUUAUCUGCACCUCCAUAUGCCAGCCUUCCCCUCUAUAGUACUAUCUGUACCUCCAUAUUCUAAUCUGUCCGAAGAUAGUACUACCUGUUGGUUUAGGUAGUACUAUAAGGAAACCGCUUGGUAUAUGAGGAUACAGAUUGGAACAUGUUCCUCUCCAUUCAAUUCAACAUUCAAACCUGUUCCUUUCCAUGCUACUUCCCGUAUCCCAACGUUCCAACCUUUUCCACACCAUGCUAAUUCCCCUACCUGCACAUUCCGGCCUGUUCUUCAUGCUAAUUCCCCUACCUGCACAUUCCGGCCUGUUCUCCAUUCUACUUCCUCUACCUCACAUUCCAACCUGUUCCUCACUAUGCUACUUCUUGUACCCCCACAUCCAAACUAUUCCUCACUAGGGAUUGACCGAAAAUUCUUUUUUAGAGCUGAUACCGAUAUUCUGUGAACCUUCAGGCCGAUACCGAUAUUCUGUAUAUUUACAAUUUUGAAAAAAGAAAAUUUUUACACAAAUUUACUGUUAACUUUUUUUUUAUUAAGUGGUAAAUGCACAAAAUAUACAUGCCAGUCAGAUAUUUUUUAUGUUUUCAAGAAUAUUUACUGUUCUUCUCCCUUCCCUGUACCUUAGUGUUCCCCCUCCCCUCGUGGGUCCUUAGUGUACCUCUUCCCUCCCUGUCCCUUAGUGUUCCUCUCCCCUCUCUCCCCCUCUUAGUGUUUCUCUCCUCUCCAUGUCCUUUAGUGUGUUCCCCCCUUAGUUGUCCUCUCCCCUCCCUGGUGUGCCUCAUUACCUCCGAGCGGAGCAGACCACGGUACAGGAGCUUCCGUUUCCUGUACAUGGCCGGACUGACAGGAAGUGAGCACUUACUGUCAGUCCAACAGGGUACAGGAAACUGAAGCUCCUGUACAGUGUUCCACUCGACCACGCUACACCGAGUGACUGGUAGGGGGAGCGCUGUGCACUUCCUUCCUGCCAGUCACUCGAUUCUUGCUCCCUAAUACAGCCACGUGUUCCGCCUCUCACAUUAUCGGCAAUAUCUGUAUCUAUAGUGGGCGAUACGAUAUUUGCCCAAAUCUGGAAUAUCGGCCGAUAAUAUCGUCCAAACCGAUAAUCGGUCCAUACCUAUUUCUCACUAUGCUAUUCCUGUACCCCCACAUUCCUGCUGUGCUUCUGCUUGCCUUCUUACAUCCCUAUUUCUGCCUCUCUAAUACUGUAUGCACCCCUUACUAUCUAUGCCCCUAUAAUACUGCCUGCAAUUCUACUUUAUCAUCUGUAAUGAACACUGUCCUUAAAGUAACACUGGUACAUUCGCAGUCAAAAGCUCUGAAGCCCACUUUUUUCAUGAUUAUUCUGUAUAUCUCCUGUAUUGUGCCCAGUUAAUUCACUAAAAGGGUCACAUUUUAAUAUUACUCAGAGGGAUCGCUGCUUCUUUUUUUUUUUAAUUUUUUUUUAAAUUUUUUUUUUAUUUUUAAUUCUUUAUUUUUACAAUAAACGUAACAGGUGUACAUUCACUUUUGGGCUUAUAAGGAAGCCAGUUGAAUUAAAUAGCAUUGCAAGGAAAUACAAUACAACCUUAUCAUUGCAAGCCCGUUCCUUAAUAUACCUUUGGCACCCGCAGUCUAUUGAGGUAUUUUAUGUUUAAUUCAAAAACAGGCAGUUGAAUAGUACAAGUAGCCGUUAUAUUUGCUAAUCAAUCUAGUACUUAAGCUACAUUAUUCCUGCGACCGUGUGAUCUUGCCUGGAAAAAAUAAAACAAAAACAAAGAGAGAGGAAGAGAGAAGGAAGAAGGGAAAAGAGAUGGGGUAAGUAGAGCUUAGAGAGAUAGAAAAGGGAGAGGGGGGUAUCGCAGCCACGUCGUUGACAAUCAAGUCACUUUCAAUAGGGGUGUUUACCUCUUGGGCUUAUACCCGGAGGUGAGAGGCCCUCAGUCUCUUCUCGAGCCAACUAUACUAUUGUCCGAUGGUUCCCAUGUUUUUUGGGAGAUCGCUGCUUCUGAUACACUUUCUUGCAUCUAGGCAGAAUUAUUUUGUAAAAAAGAAAUUAAAAAGUGCACCACGUGUAUCUAUAAAGAGGAAUUCUGGGUCAAUUUUGCUAAAGUGGCAAUUUGGUGACCAUUUUUCAGGAAGUAACAUAAAUAUAUAACUUUAUAAAUAUCUUGGAUUAAGUCCCCGAUCAUUUGAUUCCACAUGAUCCACUAGGCCUUAUGUAUUAAUAAUGGUACUAUUCCUAGUGUAGAUUGAAAACGUCCAUCAAGUUCAACCUUUUACACAUCUGUUUCUGCUUUCAAUCCAAUUUCGAAUCUCCAUUUGGGAUUUUUCUUUUUGCCAUGGCUUUUCACCCCCCCAAAAAAAAAGUGAGCCCAGUUCUAUCAUUUUAACAUAUAACAUGCAGCAAUAUUCUAUGAUUUUAUUUCUUCAAUAUUUGCAUUACAUUCCAUCAUUUCCUGGCAGCAAUUCUAUACAAUGCAAAUGCAACACUUUGGAGCUCUUUUAUACAAAGUGCUUAGCUAGAUGGCCCGUGAGCUUACAGUCUAAAGAAGGAUUCUAUCAGUUUCCUAUUAGCAGGACCUGGCAGCCUAAUUAACUCUAAGAAAUUGUAAAUUCUGUGAUAUAUACCUAGUGAAUACCUGUUUUCUUGACUUUUUACUGAAAUGCCCUGUUUCUGUUUUGUAUUUUUUUUUUUAAAGGUCUGACCUGCGUGUGAUGGUCUCCAAACGGAGUGUGGACAAUAUCCAGUUUUUACCAUUCCUAACCACAGAUCUUAAGUAGGUAUGAGGAGAGGGCAACACAAUUUAACAAAUGCCUAUGACUUGACUCUGGAUAACUGUGAGGGGAGUUCUGGCAGUGGGACAUCUACAAGGAGUUGGGGUUUUGGUAGCGGGACUUCUACACGGAAAGGCUUCUAGCAGUGGGUCACCUCCAAGGAUGGUAAGCGUCACCUCUGGAGAAAGGUCUGACAGAAGAGUGCCUGUGUGGAGAGUCCGAUAUAUUUAAAAAGAGCUAUUAGACAAAUGGACCCAGGUAUAUAGUAUUGUUUGUAAUGUAAUGAAAAUUGUGUUUGUUCUUUUCAGUAACUUGGGAUGGCUGUAUUAUGGUUACCUAAAGGGGGAUGGGACCCUCAUGACAGUAAAUACUAUUGGAGCCUCACUGCAGACCCUCUAUAUGGUGGCCUAUAUUGUCUACGCUGAUCAGAAGGUAUGGGUGUGAACAAUGAACAAAUGAGAUGUUGCGAGGCAGGUGACUGCACAAUGCGCCCUCCGCCAACGUUUGGCGGCACAGUGAGUGCAGUCCUACUCCUGAACAGCACGUUCCUGAGCAAAUAUUCAACAAACCUCUACCAUAACCCAAUGCACAACUGUGAAAAAAACAUAUCCUAAUCUAAUGUAGCCCACUGCAAAUUCAAAGAUCUAUAAUCAUGGGCUGGGUGCGAUGAUCAAGAAUAUAUGCUGGUUGUGUCAUUAUGAAUCCAUGUUUGUCAUGUAAUGUUAAUGAGUAUUUGAGAAGUUUUUUUUAAUAUUUCUGCAGUACAUGUGGUGACAACUGUAUACUGCGCUAUGAAAUAACACCUUUUGUUUUCAUAUUCUAGCGCAAUCUCGUAUACCAGGUCCUCCUGUCUCUGGGAGUCUUGUUUUUGGCGUAUGGUUAUUUCUACAUACUUAUCUCUGAUAUUGGUGUUCGUCUGAAUCAGCUGGGCAUGUUCUGCAGCAUCUUCACAAUCACAAUGUACCUCUCUCCAAUGGCCGAUCUGGUAAUAUUAUUACAUCUGCCACACAUCUAACUUGCAAUCACUGUGUUGAACUGCUGUCCAGCUGGGCUGUGACUUUAAGAGAUUUAGACUCACAGGGCAGAUCAAGAAAGCAAGGAUCUUAAAAUCCUAAAUGAAGGAAAGUCUGGAUAUAAGAAAAGAUCAAGAGUUAUUAUGUAAGGCACAUGGAGAAGGUCAAGCUGUGCUAAUAAGCAGAAUACAGGAAAAGGUCUCUGGUGCAAAGUAAGGCGUUACUCAUAUACCAAAAUAACUGCUGCAGGGCAAGUUGAGGGGGAAAAAAAAUUCUGCCAAAUCGGUGUGUGUAUAUGUAUGUACAUAUAGCUAGCUAACAUGGAGAAAUCCAGUGUUCUCAUUUUGUAGAUGCUCUGUCCAGUGCUCUUAAAAACCCAAUAACUUAAACAGAAUUUUUAUAUAAAAGCGUCAGCCAUCAAUUCAGCCAGAUAUGUAAUUUUCUAACUAUCUGAUUGAGAUACACAAGAUGGCUUAGGUUAUACGUUCUUUUCGCAAGCCUGGAUAGUAAGCACCAGCCGUUAUCUGAGAGUAGCAGAGUAAUGUGUUAUGCUUUUGCUUACAGGCUCAUAUAAUCAGGACAAAAUCCACAAAGUGCCUUUCCUUUCCCUUGACCGUGGCCACAUUCCUUGCUUCGUCGUCAUGGGUGCUGUACGGCUGGGUACUCGGCGAUCUUUACAUUAUGGUGAGUGCCAGGCUUUUUCCUGUAUCUAGAAUAUGGUAUGAAAUAGGACGACAUCCCCCAGUCUGGAAGCCAGAAUUCAGACGGUGGAGUGUAUUAGUCACAGUGACUGGGAGACAACCUGAUUGCAUUGAGUAUGUAUCUUGUGAGAAGGCUGAAGAAAUGUUCUAUUCAUUACUAGUAAUGCUAAUCACAUGUAUCGUCUGAUGGCUUUAGCUAAGCUGGGGAACUCUUAUUAACCAAGAUUAUUUCUCCUGCAGAUACCAAACUUCCCAGGUAUUGUGACCAGCAUUUUGCGUUUUUGGUUGUUUUGGAUUUACCCUCCGGAUAAACCAUCCUACCGCCACAUACUGGCUUGAUGACUCCUUAUCCUUUGCGAAGUGCCUACAUUGUACUAUGCUGCAUUCUACAGCAACACUAAGCAUGUAAUCUGUUGCCAUGGGAGCCAAUUAUUCCUUUACGGGGUGCCAGCUAUAGGCAGGAAUCUUACAUAUACUAGAAAAUUACUACACUUAUUCUGCAGGUUGUGGGUAUCAUAAUUGGUGAAUUAGUCGGUGAGAUCCUGAAUGGUGCACGGAGCGGAGAGAAAGCAGGGCAUUCCCACCAAAUGAAAGAGCUUAACCCUGAGGGGGGGGGAGUUAGUCAUCAGAGACUGAACACAAUAAGAGAGGGCUACAGAAAGUGUCGAAGAGAUUAGCUCUGCCUCCUGCACACACACAGCUGACACAGCGCUUGGUAUUGUGUGUCCAACCUGACCCCAUGCUGGGCUGGUCAGCAUUUUACUCGUGGCUGAGUCAGGACAGGGCAUCUCUACCAAACACAGGGGCAUGGGGCAGGAAGGACAGCCGGGCUAGAUGAGGGUGAAGCCCCCAGGCAGAAGCAUAGCUUGCGUAUAAGGGGAGAAAGUUGAAACAUUAAGCGUUUUCCUAUCCACCAAAGAGCAUUGUGCACUGUUUUCCAUGGGACUGGGGUGAUCACAGGAAUGGAGACCUCAGCCAAAAUGUCCAUUAAUAUGCACUGUUGUUCCUACAUGUCACGUUGUAGGGUGCCCAGUUUUGUACAAGGUGGUAUUCUGCGUCUCUCCAGUCGUAAUGUGAAUCAACUGGAGAACGACAAGCCCCAUUGGAAUGGGGGAGUGGAACAAUUUCCUAAGUGCCUUAUGAUUUUUAAGUACCUUUCUAAUAAAGAAUUAGUUUUUCAGUAUGUCUGUGUAUAUCUUUAAUGCGCAGUGGGCGGUUUAUGAGUUUCAUCACGAACGGCACAGUGUAGAAAUGGUGCUGGAAAUUAGACUAAAAUAUCUGUAAAACUGGGUAGAAACCACAGAAAAAGAGAAUAAAGAAUAGAAACAAAGAGACACUGUAUUAACGGACAAUAUAAAAACAGGGAAAACGUACCAUGUAAGACUAG